UCCAAAGAAGGGAUCUUUUCUCUAUUUUAUACUCAAAUGGCCAAGUCUAGGAGCAUGAAGAGAAAGAACGGUAUCAAGGUCGUCGUUGAGAAGUUGCAAAAGAGCCUAUCUCGAGGUCGAAAACCGAGUAGUGAGAAUAGUUAUGAGGAUUUCGAUGAAGUUGUGGACUCGACGUCGGUACCAGAGGACGUGAAAGAAGGGCAUUUUGCAGUGGUGGCGGUGGACGGGGAGGAGCCGAAACGAUUCGUUGUUCCGUUGAGUUGUUUGACACAUCCUAUGUUCUUGAGGCUGUUGGAGCAAGCAGCUGAGGAGUAUGGGUUUGAUCAUGAAGGUGCAUUGACAAUCCCAUGUCAGCCAUGUGAGGUUGAGAAUAUUUUGGCUGAGCAAUGGAAGUUAGAGUCUAAAAGAGAUUCUAGAGAUGCAUUUACUUGGGGAACUUUGUGUAAAGCCAUUAUUCAAAGUUAUUGAAACUCAAACUA